CUUUUAUGUUCGUAUAUCUCCGUUUGAGUUUUCAAAAAUGUUAUCAAAAUUAAGGAAGUUUUAGCUAUAAGUGUUUGUUAAGAGUUUGAGCGUAGAUAAUACAAAAUAUCGAAUAAAAUUUAUUAAUUUGACCGAAAGAUAAAAUCACGUUGAUUUCUAGUGGAUAUAUGCCGGACAAUCUUCUACUUCCCGUGAACUACAUCGUAAUGGCAGAAGCCGAACCCGACCUAAGUACCUUCGAAAACAAAACUGGCCUUGCCGAAGACAUGAAGUUUUUGGCAUCCAUGCCAGAACUUUGUGACGUCACCUUCCUUGUAGGAGAUACCCGAGAACCCGUUUGUGCUGUAAAAGCUGUGUUAGCUGCCCGAUCCAGAGUUUUCCACAAAAUGUUAUACCAGGCUCCCAGUCCCCAACGCAGAAAGGAUCCUCCACCUAGGGAAAAUAAACUACGUCUGUUUUUGAAAAGAUCUUCAGAACCCCUACUCAAUUUACAAAACGCAACACAGCAGCCGAACUCGCAGCAACAUCAAACUCUGAUUAUUGAAGAAUUUGAACCUGACGUUUUCCGGCAGUUAAUCGAAUACAUUCACACUGGAUGUGUUACAUUACAACCCAGAACGCUUUUAGGUGUUAUGAAUGCCGCUGAUUAUUAUGGAUUGGAUGAACUCCGUAGAGCUUGUGCAGGUUUUGUGCAAUGUUGUAUAAAUGUUGAUACAGUUUGCGCGCUUUUGGCGUCCGCUGAGCGAUAUAUCCAGUAUAAAUGUACAAAAUCAUUGGUGCAAAAGGUAUUAGAGUUUGUUGACGAACACGGAAAUGAAGUAUUAAAUUUGGGAUCAUUUACACUUUUACCUCAGCAUGUGGUGAGGCUUAUUUUGGCUAGGGAAGAAUUACAAGCAGAUGAAUUUACAAAAUUCCAGGCUGCUCUUAUGUGGGGAAAGAAAUACUGUGACAAUAAUCCCAACACAAGUAUCAAAGAAGUGCUAGGAAAUUUCCUGGAAUACAUCCAGUUUCAUAAAAUCCCUACAAACGUUUUAAUGAGAGAGAUAUAUCCCUUAGGUUUACUGCCUCAGAACCUCUUUGUAAAUGCUUUAGCGUACCAGGCAGACCCAACAAGUGUCGACCCCGGAAAACUCUCUCCAAAUCGGGUAAGACGUCAAGCACAAGGUCGUUCAAUGUCAGUUCAGAGCACAGAUCCCUACGGAUCUAACACGACAUUGAGCAGCAGCCAAUCCAGUGAGCUAGCUUCUUCAGAUGGCAAGCAUUCUUCCAACUAACAUAAGGCCACUGCUGCGCCUCCACCCCCUCCUUCGAUAUCUGUAUCACCCUCCCCCAAGCACUACCCCAUACAACCCCCCGCCGUCACAAUAUCAUCCUCCUCGCCGUCCUCCACUCCCCAAUCUUCACCAGCUCAUUCUUUUACUUUUACAAUUGUUUUGAAGAAAGUUACUCCAAAAGAACAUAAGGAAACAACUUCUUCAGAAAAUCUUGUAUAAUUUGCUUAUUAUAACAACCAAGUAAAUUCUGGAAUAUGAUAAAUAUGGCUUCAUUUCAACAUUAUCAAUUAGCAAUUUUCAUUGGUUCGAAGUAUUACAACAUUUUGGUAAUUUAUUUUUGAUUUUAUACAUUAAAAAAGAAUUAUUAUCCAUACUAGACAGUGGCGCAUCCCGAGUUUAAGUCUGGGCUGGAUACAGGGGCGGCUCAUGAGCAAAAAUUUGGGGGUUCACAGUAGCAGAAUAUAGAUCCCGAUACAGAUAUAAGUAAAAAACUGUCAGUGUUUUAGAAAGGU